AUGGUAAAGCUCGAAGUACCCGCAGACGAGCCACAAAAGGAUGAGAGAUGCAGGAGCAUCGAAAGAGGAGCAAAGAUCGUUACUGUGAUGCCUACGACAUACUCAGUCGUGUUACAGAUGCCAAGAGGUAAUCUUGAGACGAUCUAUCCGCGAGCGCUUGUGCUUGCUGCUAUCCGUCGCAACAUCGAGGCAGAGCGUUACGAUGAAGCCUUCUUUGCCUGUCGUAAUCAGCGUGUCGAUCUGAACAUACUUCAUGACCACGAUCCGGAGCGGUUCAUGGCGAGCCUGGAAAAGAUUGUUUCACAGAUCAAGAAGAUCGAACAUAUUGACUUGCUUCUGGCACAGCUCCGUAACGAGGACGUCUCGGAGACCAUGUAUAAGGAAACAUUGAAGACGAAAGAUCUGGCUACGAAGCCAAAGCUCUCCCAAGACCAAGUCGAGAACAAAGUAAACCGGAUAUGCGACGCUUUCCUGGCCGUAUUAGAGAAGUCUCAAUACAAGGACGCACACCUGCAAAACAUCAUCACAGCCCAUGUCUCCAAGACACCACCAGCUCUGGAAACAGGUCUUGCUAUGAUAGGUCGCCUACAAGCAUCUAGCGAUCCCCUCACUGAUAAGGCCGCCGAACACAUAUGCUUCCUUGCAGACGUCAACCAACUAUACGACACAUCUUUGGGACUGUACAACCUUGACCUCGCCCUGCUAAUCGCUCAACAGUCACAAAAGGAUCCGCGAGAGUAUCUGCCACACCUGCAGUCUCUGCAAGAUCUGCCCGAAACUCGUCGCAAGUUCAAGAUCGACGACCAGCUCGGACGAAAAGCGAAAGCUCUCACGCAUCUCAAGGAUCUUCAAGCCUACGAUGAGGUACAAGACUAUGUGCAAAAGCAUGAUCUCUACCCUGAAGCCUUGAGCAUGUACCAAUACGACAGCACCCGGCUGAAGGAGAUCAUGAGGUUGUACGCAGACUUCUUGAGUACUAACAACAAGAACAAAGAAGCUGCAUUGGCGUACGAAUACCUCAACGAUCAUGCCUCCGCUUGGCCGUGCUACCGUUCAGCCAACCUCUGGCGUGAGGCUUUGUCGUCUGCUAUUCUCGCCGAAGUAAGCGCGGAAGAACUCUCAAGCAUUGCGACAGAUCUUGCAGAAGGUCUCACAGAAUCCAAAGACUACCUGUCAGCUUCAUCAAUAACACUCGACUACCUCUCCGACCUUGCGUCCGCGGCACGUCUCUUAUGCCGAGGCUGCCACUUCGCCGAAGCAAUUCGCAUCGUCACACUCCGCCGCGAGCCCUCUCUCAUCACCGAAAUCAUCGACCCCGGCCUUGUUGAGCGCAGCGCAGACAUGACUGAAUUCCUCGCCGACAUGAAGGGUCAACUGCAAGCACAAGUACCUCGACUCAAGGAACUCAGGGCCAAGAAAGCAGAAGAUCCGCUAGCAUUCUACGAGGGCAUGAUCGACGGUCCUGCCGAUGCCAAUAUCCCCGACAAUAUCUCUCUGGCGCCCACGGAUACAACAAGCGGUGGCACGUUCAUGACCAGGUACACAAACCAGACUGGUACCGUCAACACAACAACUACGCGCAAGACAAGCAAGAACAAGCGGCGAGAAGAGAGGAAGCGUGCGCGCGGUAAGAAGGGUACGGUAUACGAAGAGGAGUAUCUCACCAACUCUAUCGAACGCCUCAUCGAGCGCAUCAACAGCAUGCAAGAAGAGAUCCAGCGUCUUGUCGAGGGUUUGGUUAGACGGGGUAUGAGGGAGCGUGCUGACGCCGUGUCCAACGCUGUCAACGAGGUGAUGGAACGGUGUCAAGAUGCUAUCAAGGAGAUGUAUCCACCUGCUACUGCUGGAAGCUCUGAGGCUGCCAACGGGGCACCGAUUGGAGUUGAGGGCGAGGCGAUGAAACCUACUGGUGGGGAUGCGACGCUUUGGGAUAGCUUGCAGGAGGUUGGAAAGAAGAGGGAGGCGCCUGCGGUGAAGAUGUUUGAGAGGCUUAGCCUUUUGGGAUAG